AUGUCGACUGCUUCAUCUAAUGACGAAUCUGACACAUCCGCAUCUCAAAGCUCGGAUCUUACGGUUUCCAUCACCCAGCUUAGGCUCAAUUCCAGUUUAAGCUCUAGUUAUGACUUAAAUAACCAGGCAUCUGGGGAAAAGAAUUGGUGGUUGAGUAAAGAUUCUUUAGGUUCUCUGGGUGUUGAAGAGGAAAGAUUACCUCUGGUUUUAGCAAGAGAUGUAACAUUUAGUCGGUUCGCAAAACGAGUUGAGAUUAUUAAGGCCAGGAGGUUUUUUGACUAUCGUAAUGGAACUAUAACAAUUAUUGAGUUACCAACUGGCGAACACGAAGUUACACACUCCAAAUUUAGUCGUCAGUUUACAAGUGCAUUCAAUAACGCACUAGCACAAGAUGAUAUAGAGGACUGGGGUGCAAAAAGUUUAUACACUAAUCUUCUAUCAGAUGAAUAUGAAGAGCCGGACGCAUGCUUUAUACCCAAACCUCAUAUUAUUACUUGUCACUUCAAGAUUGAGUUCGGUUCUGUAUAUGCUAAUGGAAGGGAAAGCCAUUUUUGUACUGGGCCUCACAUGAAAUGGAUUACAAUCAACCGUGAUUGUAUUUAUGCUGGCUGUCCUCAACCUCCACAACUCCCUAACCUUUUUUCUGUCAUUUCUUCAGUGCCUUUCAGGCCUCCUCAAUUUCCUUAUCCUCUUCAAACAUCAGGCGUUGCUAUUGACCUAUAUGAUAUUCAACAAUCGAUUUUUCAAGCUAUGGGUCCAAAUUGA